AUGCACCGCAAAAACCCCAUCAGCGUGCUCGUCUACAACACGCUCUUCCCCACACCCUCGCCCACAGACCCUCCCUCCUUCAGCGCGCACCUCUCCAAAAACCUCGUCGGCGAAGUGCGCAUCGAAACAGCAAACUUCUACGGCUCGCUCGACACAAUCGAAGCGCGGUACCCAGGCCUAAACUACGCCUUUCAACCACACCGAAAACGCCUCGGCCGCUUCCCACACCACAAGCGACUCUUUGACGCAUUCGACCGGCUCGGGCUAACCGAAGCCGAAAUCCAAGGCUUCUGCAGAUGGGAAGGCACACUCUGGGCACGAGAGCGCUAUGAGCGAGACGAGGGCGUACGCGUAGUCGAUACGACAGGCGUAGACAUAGGGGAAUGGGUCGACACACGCCGAGCCUACUCGUCACGCCACAACAACGGCGCAGGCAUCAACGUCAAGACGGACAUUGAAGUCGAAAUCGAAGAACUAGAACACCACAACCACCUCCUGCACAACCCGCUCACCCGGCAAAACGUGCAACCGCCCAGCCACCACCACCACAACGGCGGCGACACAGAAAUGCCCGACUCCUCCUCCUCAGCCGAAGACGACGACGACGACGAAGACGGCGCAGCAGAAGCGUCAGACUCGGAAUCAGACUCAGACUCCACAUCCAACGAACUCUCCUCCUCCGUCGGCUUCUCCCUAAACGCACGCCUCCUCCACGCCGCCGCCCUCCGCGAGUCCUCGGGCGCCCUAAACAUACCCAUGGACCCAGAAUGGGAGCAAUACCUCAAAGAAGCGUCUGAGCGCGGCGAACUCAACAUCGACGCGACGAGAGAGGCGCUGCGGACGAUGGCAGGCCAGAUCGCGCAGUUGCAUCAGAGCACCGUUGAGGCAGAGGGCAGCGAGGCGGUGCCGCAGACGUUCCAGCCGAAUGCGGCUCCGGCUUAG